CACUAAAUGCAUUAUAAUAAUCUGUAAAUAUUGGACGCUUUAUUUUAAACAGAGAGUAGAAACAUUGAGUGAUCGAUUAACUCGGGCAAUUAAAUCUUCAAAAACACAAUGUUUAAAUUUAACAUUGUCUCAGUGGUUGCUACGUAAUGUGAUUGGGUUGUUGACAGAAAAUGUGGUUUAAAUUUACGCUCUUUCUUCUGGUCGAUGGAGUGCUAUCAGCAAGGCAGAGUCGCUUUGUAAAUGUGGAGUGCAAAAUGUUGGAUCCCUCCUACGCCACUUAUAAGAAAUGCAAUUUAAAAAUACUUGGUCGUGGCGUUGUUGCUUUAAAUGUGCAUGCGGUAUUACAAAAGGGACCCUUCAACAAUGCUAAGGUAAAUGUGUGUCUGUUUCGCAAAUUUAAUGGAUAUCGCCCUUUUAUGUUCAACACAACUGUUGACUAUUGCAAGUUGAUGGCCGAUCGGCGUAAGCAAUUAUCGUUCCCAAAGAUCGUCCGUGAUUCUUUAGCCAAUUGUUCGAACUUAAAUCACACGUGUCCUUAUGAGCAUGACAUAAUUGUGGAUAAUAUGGUAUUUGACGAGACAUUUUUCAAAUAUUUACCGCUGCCGACCGGGGAUUAUAAAAUUCAAAUUAUGGCUGCAACCGACAAUGAAUGGAAAACCAUUAUAAAUAUAUAUAUACAAUGGGUCUUCGACUAAAGAACGAUACAAUAUUUCUCUUAAAGCACACAAUUUAAGCAAACGGCUUGGAA